CCGGAAGCGGAGCUGAGUACCGGCGUGCGGCGGGCCCGGAAGCUGCGGAGUGGACAGAUCCCGUAGGGGCUUGUGCCUGGCUCCCGCUUAGGGCGCCAUGGACGACGCUGGCGGCUCUGGAGGGAGCGGAGGCUUCCGCCCGGGCGUAGACAGGCUGGAUGAGCCACCCAACAGCCGCAUCUUCCUAGUAAUCAGCAAGGACACGUCCGAAUCGGUGCUGAGGGAGUGCUUCUCGCCCUUCGGAGAAAUCCAGGACGUCUGUGUGCUGCGCGACAAGCACACUAACGAGUCCAAGGGCGUCGCCUUCGUCAAGUUCGCGCUCAGCUCACAGGCCUGCCGAGCUAUGGAGGAGAUGCACGGACAGUACCUUAGUCCCAGCUUCACUAGACCCAUCAAGGUUUUCAUUGCCCAGUCCCGGUCAUCAGGAAGCCACAGGGAUGUUGAAGACGAAGAACUCACGAGGAUCUUUGUUAUGAUACCAAAGUCCUAUACCGAAGAAGACCUGCGGGAGAAGUUCAAGGUGUAUGGAGAUAUCGAGUAUUGCAGCAUUAUUAAGAAUAAAGUCACUGGAGAAAGUAAAGGCUUGGGCUACGUGCGCUAUUUAAAACCAUCACAAGCUGCCCAAGCAAUAGAAAACUGUGAUAGACGUUUCAGAGCACUCUUGGCUGAACCUAAAAAUAAAGCGUUGGAGUCCCCAGAACAAGAUUAUUACAGUAGAGUGAGGCAUGAGCCUUUGGGGCACGAGCCUAGAGAAAAUCUGUUUCCCUACGGUUUCAGAGCACUCUUGGCUGAACCUAAAAAAAAAGUGUUGGAGUCCCCAGAACAAGAUUAUUACAGUAGCGUGAGGCAUGAGGCUUUGGGGCACGAGCCUAGAGAAAAUCUGUUUCCCUUCGCUGGAGAACAGCAAUCUGAAUUUUCAGCCUUUGACAAGAGUGAUGGCAGAGGCCAAGCAGCCAUCUCCACUCGCCUGUCAGUGGUGUCGAGAGUCCCCUUCACAGAGGAGCAGCUCUUCAGCAUUUUUGACAUCGUCCCCGGACUGGAGUACUGUGACGUCCAUCGAGAUCCUUACUCAAAUUAUGGUCAUGGUGUGGUUCAGUAUUUUAACGUAGCAUCAGCUAUUUAUGCAAAAUACAAACUGCAUGGAUUCCAGUACCCUCCUGGGAAUCCGAUAGGUGUUACCUUCCUGGAUGAUGGAAGUAAUGCGGCAGAUCUCAUCAGGAACAUGGCCACACAGAUGGUGGCGGCACAGCUGGAGUCAGCAGUGUGGAGUAGCCCGGGUCAGCAGCCGUUUCUGCAAUUUGGAGGAAGUUCUGGGUCACAGGCAUCUCAAAUCCAGACAGAUGUUAUACUUCCACCGUGCAAAAAGAAAGCCCCGCCUGAAACGCCUGUGAAGGAAAGGCUGUUUAUUGUGUUUAACCCCAAUCCUUUGCCGUUAGAUGUGUUGGAGGACAUAUUCUGCCGUUUUGGGAACCUGAUUGAAGUCUACCUAGUGUCUGGAAAAAACGUGGGCUAUGUCAAGUAUGCAGAUAGAAUGAGCGCCAAUGACGCCAUCACAACUCUGCACGGGAAGAUUCUGAAUGGGGUCAGACUUAAAGUUAUGCUGGCAGAUUACCCAAGAGAAGAACCUAAGAAGAGGCAGAGAACUUACUGAGUCUUAAGUAAGAACAAAGACUAACUAAUGACAUAAUCCUCAGCUGACUGACUGAAAACCUGACUGGACGAACCCCUGUGGACAGUUGACAGCUUUUUUCUUUUUCUUUUUCUCACAUAUCUGAUAGUCUACACACCAUUGCUUAUCUGGGAUCCCUGACAUUAUUUUUGUCUAACCUUAAUGGUAAAGUUAAUAUAGUAGUUGUUUUCUAGAACACAGUGUUUCUGUGUGUAGCAGAAUAAAGCUUCCUUAGAGAAAUAUGUUGUCAUGUGUAGCAGAAAUAAAGUUCGCUUUGCUUAACUAA